UCUUCCUUGUCCAAACCUGCCUGAAAUAGAAAUAAUAAUCAGAGAUUAAUCAAUCAUAUAUUCAACAGUUCUUGGUUCUUUGAACUUUACAUCAGAAAAAAAGUGAAAAGUGCAAAGGUUUAUCAAAGGUUUAUUUAAAUAAACCACUUUUUUGUGAUAGUUUAGUCUGUUACAUUGAAUGGCUAUCAACCUCAAGGCAAACACCGGUUGUGAAAAAAGUGUCAAAGUAUUGAAACAAUUGGUACCAAACAAAUCGAUCCACGGAUCACCUUCAUCCGAUUCUGAAACCUGGAAAUGUGCUUUUUCCCCUGAUGAUACUUGCUUUGCUUGGUCGGCUGGUCAUAGAUUGGUAACCAUACUUCCUUGCUCUGACAUAACAGCCAAGCCCUGUCGUAAAUCUCGAUUGGUUCCAAUCACAAUUGAUUGCGGUGAUCUUGUACGAAGUUUAAAAUUUUGUAGUAUCAAACAACUUGAUUCAACUAAAAACUUUUGGUCUCGUUUUGCCCAAUUUAAAGAUUUUUUUCUUAUAACUGGUCAUGGAACUGGAAGGAUUCGAGUUUGGGAUCUCAUUGCAGGAAAAAUAUUGUUGGAACUUGUUGCUCACAAAGACAUUGUUACGGAUAUUUCAUUGUUACCAUGUUCGAAUCAAAUCAUGGCUUCCACCUCUAACGACGGUUUCCUUAAAAUUUGGAACUUGACAGAGGAAGGUAAUUUGAUUGAGACUCUCAAAAUAGAUGGUAAACCUUUAACUUCUUGUUGUUGGUCACCCAAUGGCAAAUUUCUUGCGGUAACUGGAGCAAGUAAGCUGGUUCAUGUUUAUGAUACUACUGAGUUUAAAGUAGUCUACGUUCUAGCCGGCCAUCAGCACAAUGUUUCAAGCUGUGAUUUUUCACCAGAUAGCAGUCUUCUUGCAACUGGCUCAUGGGAUGCUCGAGUCAUUGUCUGGAACGUUGCUACCGGGAACAAGCUCAAAGAGUUCUUUCAUUUACAGCCUCCUCCGAGGUCGAUUUACGCGGCUGGAGAAAAUGGUCACUUUAUAAGGCACUUGUCUUUCUCUCCUGAUGGUGGUCAUAUUGCCUCGGUUGCGGACGAUGGAUUCUUCCGAAUCUGGGACUUGGACAAUAUUGAGAAUCCAGAAGCAAUUUCUCCUAUUGACCAAGCUCUAUGUUGUUCUUAUUCGCCUUCAGGUAGUCUCUUAGCUAUUGGAACUCGUCUUGGGACUGUAUCAAUAAUGGAACCAAGGGCGUGUGUUAAAUCUCUGCUCUUCUUGUGUCGCUCAAGCCUGAAAAAGACACAGGAAUCAACGGAUGUAACUAACUCAACAAUCAUACCUAAUACGCUAGUUGAAUACCUAAAUUACAAAGAAUGUUAAAAAGCAAAUGUUGAAGCUUUCUUUCAGUGCUCUUUAUUAUGUUUCUGCAUUUACUGAUUUAAUUAACAAUAAAUUGACAUACCUUUAAACAUGUUA